ACCUCGUGCGGUGUCAAGUGUCAAGUGCUGAGUGGGCACUCGGUUGUCCCAGCCAGGCUCUGCUUUGAUCAAUCCCUCUGCUCUUGUGGCGAAGACCAUGCGCUUGCAGGCACAGAUGUUGCUCUCCGUCGCCUCGGGAAGCCUGGGCCCUGCGGCCACGGUCGUUCGCGCGUUCGUGCCUUCGGCCUCGACAGCCGUGAGAGUUCACUCAGCAGCAGCGUCAACGAGAGGGGCUGCUACAGCAGCCGCUGCAUCAUCGACCACGCGGCUUCGAGCCUUCUCAGCGGGAGAACCAGGCCCUUCGGUGGACCGAGCUGCCAUCUCUUCGUGGGGAAGGGGGUCGUCCAGUCGAAGGUCAAUUGCGUGCAGCGCGGAAUCUGGAGGUAAAGCAGGAGCAUUGGGAGCUGCAGCAGAAGGAGGAGGAGGAGGAAGAGCGAGCGCGGCAGUACUGCAGGAUGCCGAGAAGCGGGGGGGUGCGGCGCGGGGAGGGCCUCCUGCCGCGGUGGAAAAGCUAGACCUUAAGCCGCCCAAGGGUACGAGGGACGUGUUCCCUGAGGACAUGCGUCUUCGAAAUUGGCUAUUCGGGCACUGGCGAGGCGUGGCGAGUUCGUUCGGGUUUGAGGAGUACGACGCCCCGGUGCUGGAGAGCGAGUCCCUGUACACGCGGAAGUCUGGCGAGGAGGUGACGCAGCAGCUCUACUGCUUCGAGGACAAGGGGGGGAGACGGGUGAGCUUGAGGCCGGAGAUGACUCCGUCGCUGGCGCGCAUGGUUAUGGCCAAGCGAAAGAGCCUCACCCUCCCGGUCAAGUGGUUCAGCAUUCCUCAGUGCUGGAGGUACGAGCGCAUGACGAGGGGCAGGCGAAGGGAGCACUACCAGUGGAACAUGGACAUCUGGGGGGUGUCCGGGGUGGCGGCGGAGGCGGAACUGCUGGGGGCGAUGGUGACGUUCUUCGAGAGGGUGGGGCUCCGCGCGGAGGACGUGGGGAUCAGGGUGAACAGCAGGGGCGUGCUCACGGAAGUCCUGCACAGCCUGGGAGUGCCGGGGGACAAGCACACGGCCACCUGCGUGCUGGUAGACAAGCUCGACAAGAUGCCUCUCGAAGCCGUCGCGGGUGACCUGGCCGAGCUCGGGCUGGAAGAGACGAGCGUCAAACGCCUCCUGGAGGUGAUGGAACUCCGUGACAUGGGGGGCGUGGAGGCGUUCCUGGGCAAGGAAUCGCCGGCAGCUGAAGAGCUCCGGAAGCUUUUCGCGCUGGCCGAGAGCUACGGGAUCUCCGACUGGCUGGUGCUGGACUGCUCGGUGGUGAGAGGCCUGGCGUACUACACCGGGACGGUUUUCGAGGCGUUCGACCGGCGGGGGAAGCUGAGGGCCAUCGCGGGGGGGGGUCGCUACGACGCCCUACUAGAGUCUUUCGGCGGCGAGGCGUUGCCGGCGGCGGGCUUCGGGUUCGGCGACGCCGUAAUAGUGGAACUCCUGUCGGACAGGGGGCUGCUGCCCAAAGAGGCGGGGCCCGGGGCCACCGCGGUCGUCUUCGGGUGGGACGAUGAGCUUCAGGGAGCGGCGACGGAGGUGGCGGCCUCCUUGAGGCGCGAGGGCAUCUCCGUAGACCUGGUGCUGCAGCCCCGCAAGACCAAGGCCAACUUCAAGCACGCCACCCGAGUGGGGGCGACCUACGUCGUCAUGGUGGCUCCGUCAGAGUGGGAAGCCGGCAAGGUGUCGGUGAAGGACCUCCGUACGUCGGACCAGAAAGAACUUCCGGUGGGGGAAGUGGCAAGCCACAUCCUGGCUGGGGACGUGGCGAUCUCGAAGGAGAAGCGGACUGACUGA